GUAAGUCAUCAGGUCAUCCAUGCUAACUCUUCUAUCUUUUUGGGAACAGUAACCAGUUUGCCACUCCUUAAUGUGUUAAUUCUUGUGUAAUAAUUUUAUUAAGUUUGUUCUCUGUUUAAAGUCAUAUUUUCCUGUUAUCGCCAUUUUAAUUACUAGAAUGGUCUUCUAGCAAGAUCCUCAAUAUUUAAAUGAGUAGCAACUCAUCACUGCUGUUUUCAUCUUGAGCUUUUUCAAUUUCGUUUUCUUUUGUUUGAAAGGUUUUUUCAAUUUUUUGUUACAUUGGUACAUUGAUGAUAAAUCCAACAAAGAACAAAUUAUUUUCUAACUCUGUAAACAUUUGAUCAAAAAUACUCGUCCUUCCACGUCAAAAUGCCUUCAAUCAAAGUUAACUCACUCUUGGGUUUAAUGGUAAUGUUAGCCCUCAUCAGCUCUUCAAGCCAACAGUUAAACAUUUUUGGAAACAUUUUCGAUUGCUUUAAAAUGAUCACCAAUGCCAUGAGUACCUGUGAGCAACAACUGCAAGAUCGACUUGACUUGGUCGACAAAGCUAGUGAACAAGCUGGAGAAAAUGUUGAUAAGACCAUGUUCACAUGCUGUUAUUUCGCUGAAUUUUCUCAUUGUUUGGAUUCAAAGACUGAAGGAAAAUGCGGAAAAGACAUAAGUACAGCUAUCUCCACUAGUGCAAGCUCAGUUGCUAAGGUCUUAAACUCAAAAUGUUCAGACUAUGAAUACUAUAGUGCUAAAUGUCUUUUUGUUGUUUACCUCAACUACAUCGUGAUAGUCGCCAUCAUUUUGGCCGUGAUUUCUGUUGCUAGCUGUGUAAUUGGCUGUCUUCGUCGUCGUUGAACAUAAACAAAACAACAAAAUUGCCGUCACUCGAUCAAAAGCAAACGAACCACCAGUAUCCAUUUUCUUACCUAAGACAUUUCUCAUCAUCAUUCCCUUCCUUGUCAAGUUUCUCCUAGUUAGACUACCACUUAACUGAUUUAUAACAUUAGAUAUUUCUAUGACUUUUAGUCACCAACUCGUUUUUUUUGUUUCUCACUUAAAUUUCAAAGCUCAUUGAAUCUCUUCAUGAUGUUUCUAGUUCUGUACCCUAUCAUUACUGUUUAUUCAUUUCUUUCAAAAAUAAUUUAAAAACCCAAACCUUUGCUUUUCUCAUUUAAUUACUCCGUCCUCGAAAAAAAUAAUUUAUUUUGACUUUUCUACUUUAUUCUUUGAAUUUGAUUGUUGACACCCUUAAAACCAAUUUACACCCAAGUAAAUAUUUACCUUUAAAAUAUUGU